GAUUAGCAAUAUCUGUAUCUCUUUGUGCCGUACUCAAAGAGAAAACAUAAAAAUGGGUCUCAAGCUUUAUGGACUUCCCAUGUCCACAAACACCACUCGCGUGAUGGCCUGCCUUCACGAGAAGGGUGUAGAUUUUGAGCUUGUUCCUGUUGACCUUUUCGGCGGUGAAAACAGGCAGCCUUCUUUUUUGGCAAAGAAUCCCCUUGGCCGGAUUCCAGUGCUAGAAGAUGGUGAUCUCACUCUUUUCGAAUCUAGGGCAAUUACAGCAUAUGUAGCUGAGAAAUUCAAGGAAACGGGCACAGAUCUCCUUAGGCUCCAAAACCCCAAAGAAGCUGCAUUAGUGAAGGUGUGGUUAGAGGUAGAAUCUCAUCACUUCGACCCUGCAAUCACUCCCAUUAUGUUCGAACAUUUCGUGGCGCCAAUACUUGGGAAGACUCCUGACCAGGCAGCCAUUGACGCCAGUUUGGAGAAGCUGGGAAAAGUUUUCGAUGUUUACGAGUCUAAGCUAAGUUGCACCAAAUACCUGGCUGGUGAUUUCUUUAGCCUAGCUGAUCUGCAUCACCACGCUUGUACUCAUUAUUUCAUGAAGACUCCAUGGGCUUCGUUCGUCAAUGAUCGUCCUAAUGUCAAGGCAUGGUGGGAGGGCAUUUCUUCUCGACCUGCUUUCAUGAAAGUGGCCGAGGGUAUGACUUUCGUGGAAAAGAAGUAGUGAGAAAUAUUUAGGUUUGAUCUGUUUCCAAGAUAUUAAUGCUGCAAGAACUUGGAAAAAAAAAUUGUCGUGGUUGUUAUAAAUUGAACUCCAUGAACUAGAAAUAAAUGA